AUGUGGCUGUUUGGUCAGUCCUUGUCGAUUCCGGACUAUCAUGAGAAGUCGUGUAAGGAACUGAACGUUGGCACAUGGACCGGCAUUCGGGUGGUUUUUCCUGACACACCUUUAGUGGAUUGCCUGGAUAUUCUCCUACAUAAAGGCGUGAGUGGAUUACCGGUGGUCGAACGUAACAGCUACAAAGUGAUCGAUAUGUACUCACGUUUCGAUGCAAUCGGAGUGGCACUAGAGGACAAAAUCAACCAACUGGACGUUACCGUGGAACAGGCGCUUGUAUUUAGAAAUAGUUUUAGGGUGAGCGUUUCUUUUUCUUAUGAGAUUUUCUUUCAUACAGCUUCCAGUUUCCUGUCUUCCUCAACGCCUUAG